UACUCCAUGAAAGUAAAAUGCACUAAACUAUAUAGUUCAAUAUUCUGUACAAUAUACGAACGUAAGUUGUUACGUAAAGUUCUACAGUGCAAACAGAUGAGAAAACAAACAGCAAUUAUUAAAUAGAAAUUUAAUUGUCAAUUAAAAUUGCUCGACAUAAUGAUGAAACAAAUUUCUCUAAGACUUGGAAAAUGUUUAUAUUUAAACAAUAUAUUACGCCACACAAAAAGAUACUACAACAAUAUGUCUACCAAUAGUAAAAGUAGAAUUGUUAAUGAUGCGAAAGAACCUUACUUCUUAGGCGUGGACACCAAUUUUACCAAUGAAUUAAAAUUCAUGGACAAAGAAAGUUAUGAUCCUUUACCAACAUUUAGACUUUUAGACUCAUCAAAACAUGAGUUACAAUUACCUAUUGACCUCAAGCUAGAUGAACAAACUUUGGUUACAAUGUAUCAUAAAAUGAUUACUUUGAAUAUAAUGGAUAAGAUUCUUUAUGAAUCUCAAAGACAAGGUCGUAUAUCAUUCUACAUGACUAAUACAGGGGAAGAAGCAACUCAAAUUGGUUCUGCAGCUGCUCUUACAUUAGAAGAUGUUAUAUAUGCGCAAUAUCGCGAAGCUGGUGUCCUAUUGUGGCGUGGUUAUUCCAUCCAAGAAUUUAUGCAUCAAUGUUAUGGCAAUUUCAAAGAUACGUCUAAAGGAAGACAGAUGCCUGUUCAUUAUGGAUCAAAAAGGUUGAACUUUGUUACUAUUUCUUCUCCUCUAACAACACAAUUACCUCAAGCUGUGGGUAUGGCAUAUGCGCUUAAACGAUCCAAGAGAAAAACAUGCGUAGUGUGUUAUUUCGGCGAAGGAGCUGCUAGUGAAGGCGAUGCUCAUGCAGCUUUCAAUUUUGCUGCAACGUUAGAAUGUCCCAUCGUUUUCGUAUGUCGAAAUAAUGGUUAUGCUAUUUCAACUCCUUGCUCGGAACAGCUUAAAGGAGACGGAAUUGCAGCGAGAGGUCCAGCUUAUGGUAUACGUACAAUUCGUGUGGAUGGUAAUGAUGUUCUCGCUAUGUAUUAUGCGACAAAAGCUGCUCGCGAAUAUUGUAUAAAGACAGGAAAACCAAUCUUAAUAGAAGCCAUGACUUAUCGAAUUGGUCAUCAUAGUACUUCUGACGAUAGCACUGCAUAUCGAUCGACCGAUGAAAUAAAAAGUUGGAAUCAUUGUACACCUAUAAAUCGAUAUCGUGAUUAUUUAGAGUCAAUUAAUUUGUGGUGCGAACAACAAGAACAGGAGUUAAAUGAAUCUGUAAAAAAAUCUAUUUUAAUUGCUUUUGCGGAUGCAGAGAAAGAACUUAAACCUUAUUGGAAAGAGUUAUUCACGGAUGUGUAUCAUACAAUGCCAAAGCACAUAAGAAAACAAAUGUGUUCCAUGGAAAAUCAUGUUGCAGAAUUUUAUGAACAUUAUCCAUUAAGCCUUUUUAAAUCAACUUAAUAAUACCAAAUAACAAUGAUUAGACCAAUUCUAUUUACCAUUCCACACUAAUAUUGUGUAUUUUUUUCUACUGUUUGGUAAUAAAGUAUUUACAUAUAAUUUAAAAUUUCAUAUUUUCAGCUAUUUCUUUGUAUUUUUCCAUUCUGUAUUCUUUUCUAGCUGCAUCAAGUAAUACAUUAUGAAGUAAAUUUUGCUGAUGUGGAUCAAUCUGCUCUAUGGGAGGAUACACAUUUCCUACAAUGAAAGUUUCAUAUUAACAUUUAUAUGAACUUGAAGGUCCAUGACGUAUUGCUUCUGAUAUUAGCUGCAAAAGGUAACGUUUUAUAAAAUACAAUGUAACGAAAAGUAAAUAUAAAAAAAGUUUGUGAUUCGUACCCGUUCGACAUAACCUCUCGUUUCAUCAGCUCUUUCAUAAUUCAUCUCGAGCCUCUCAUACUUAAUUAUAGCGGUUAAUGAUUUCUGAAGUUUCUUAAUUCUACCUUCUGGACCAAGUACAUUUUUUAAUUUACGUGGAUCUUGCCUAACUUUAUGCUUUAACUUAGAAACCAACUUUUCAACAUUUGCUUGAUUCAUUUUUCUGUUUGCUAUUUUGCUUGUUAGGCUUUAGGUUUUCGUUUUUUAAUAAAUCUCUGUCGACUACAGAAUUUAAAUUAUCUAAACAGAAUAUUAAGACAAGAGAAUCGUCUUUUAGAGUUUUACUAUUGAACAAGUUCGUAAUAGUUCGGAAGCCAUUUAAAACUUAUUGUGUAUAUGUAUACCGCAGUUCACCAAAGUCCAUAACUGCGAAAAGACCAGUUUUCGUUCUUCGCGCACCUCCAGUGCGCAUCUUCGCCCUGAUUGGCGAUACUCCCAAACGAAGUGGAAAGCGAUUAGCAGAGAGCUCGCUGCGUUCCCCCACCAUCUUCCAACCUGCGCGUCGCAGUUAUGGACUCUGGUGAACUACGGUAUAAGUGUAUGCAUAUUACAUAGUCACAAUAAGUGUUCGGUUACUGGUGGACAUUCUUUGGGGGAGAGAGCUGUAGCUGGGGUAAUUCUAAACAACUUUUUCCUUUACCAAAAUGUUUGUUAAAGCUUAUUUUUCAAAUUAUUAGUGAAAAACGCCGAGCAAUCAGAGCGCGUAUAAUGCGCAUGCGCGGCCGCGGAAGUGUCGGCUACGAACCGACGCGCCGAGUAGUUUGUUCGCGACCACGAGCAAGCGCGGUUGUCGUAGCCGGCACUUCCGCGGUCGAGCAUGCGCACUCUGAUUGGUCGUUGUUUUUCGUUAAUUUUAUAAAAUUAAGUUUUAACAAGCAUUGUAAUGAAGGAAAAAAGUUGUUUAAUAUCACCUCAGCUAUCAUCCCCUCAAAGGAUAUCCACCUGUAACCGAACAUCUUGUACAUACGAAACCUCUUCCUAUACUGUCACUCCUCUCCUGGACAUCCAUGGGGAAGGGCGGGAAAAGGUAAGCGCAAUUUAAAUACGCGUUAGUUGUCACCAAAGAGUUUAUUUAAAUGUUUCUAUGUUAUGUAUAUAACAAAAACAUUUGAAAUUCAAAAAUGUAAUAAAUUAAUUAACCAUUAAA